AUGUCUUUCGGAUUCGGCGGUGGUGGCUUCGGCCAGAAUAAUCAGAGUAACAAUACCUUCGGCGGCGGUGGAUUUGGGACAAACAACACGACGACUUCCGCCUUCGGAUCAUCCAGCACUCCUGCGUUUGGGGCGCCAGCGCAAACAGCCAACACUGGGGGCGGCCUCUUUGGUGGCGGCACGACAGGUGGUUUUGGCAACACUGGGGGUGGUUUCGGCGCGACGAACAACACAGGAUUCGGAGGCGCAAAACCCGCCUUUGGUGCCCCUGCGACAUCCACAGCUGGUGGCGGCCUUUUUGGCUCAACCACGGCAACGACAGGUGGUACUGGAUUUGGAGGUGGUGGAUUUGGAACCAACACUGCGGCCACCUCUUCGCCGUUUGGUGGUGGAGCUACCAAUUCCCUUUUCGGCGCCAACAAGGCGCCAACUCCUUUUGGCGGCGGGGCCACCGCCACGACCGGCACUGGAUCUUCGAUGUUCGGAGGUGGAGGUGCAUUCGGCGCCGGCAAUACCACCAGUGCAUUCGGUGGUGCCACAAACAAUCCCGGAAUAGGCACGAACGUUGGGGAGCCCCCUGGAACUGCUGUACUGGCUUUCUCCCCCUACUUAGAGAAGGAGCCGAAUAGCACCUCACAGAACUCUUUCCAGAACAUACUGUUCCAGGACCCAUACAAGAAGUUCUCGGCAGAAGAGCUAAGGAUGGCAGAUUAUGCUCAGGGUCGACAGUAUGGUAACGGGCCGGCAGGCGGUGGCGGCGCAUUUGGAGCAACCUCUGGGUUCGGUGGAGGGGCCUUCGGCAACAACACUACUCAGAACACAGGCUUUGGAAACACCAACACCGGCGGCGGCCUUUUCGGUAACACCCAAAAUACUACGGGUACAACUGGCUUUGGCAACACCAACACCACAAACACAGGCGGCUUCGGAGCCGGUGCAACCAAUACCGGUGGAGGUCUCUUUGGACAGCCCAAGCCCGCAACAGGUGGAGGUCUCUUCGGUAACUCGACCACAACAACUCAGCCAGCGCAGACCGGCGGGCUGUUCGGUUCUUCAGGUGCUACGUCAGGUGGGUUCGGAAACACGAACACUGCCACGAAUAGCUUCGGCACCGGAGCCACUGGUGGCGGUUUGUUCGGCAACACUCAGAACAAGCCUGCUACUACCACGGGGUUCGGGGGCGGAUUCGGGGGCACAGCGGGCACCGGAUUCGGCGCCACUGCAGGAACCAGCACUGGCUUUGGUCAGACCAACACCGCCAACACGGGGGGUGGUCUAUUCGGCAACACGAACACGCAACAAACCAACACUGGUGGUGGUCUUUUCGGCAACACGAAUCAACAGCAACCCCAAUCUACCGGCUUUGGUUCCAGUGCGUUCGGGCAAAACAACCAGCAGCAGACCGGUGGAGGCCUGUUUGGAAACCAGAACAAGCCUGCAGCCACUACUGGGGGUCUCUUCGGUAAUACUGGCACUCAGCAAAACACUGGUGGGGGUCUAUUUGGGAAUACCAACAACACCAACACAGGAGCAUUUGGUCAGGCCAACACUCAGCAGCAAGGUGGCGGUGGCCUGUUUGGACAGGCGAACAAGCCCGCAACUGGUGGCCUCUUCGGGAAUAGCACCGCCGGGCAGACCGGGCAGACUGGAGGUGGUCUUUUCGGAGGGCUGGGAUCCAACACCCAGAACCAGCAGCAGCAGAACUCGGGCUCGUCGUUGUUUGGUGGCUUGAACAACCAGCAGAACCAACCGAAACCGUCCCUCUUUGGCCAAACAGGACAAUCUACUGGCGGCGGUCUGUUCGGAUCCCAGCCAGCGCAACAACAAUCGGGCGGACUAUUCGGACAAUCAACGGCUCAACAGCCACAGCAGAAUUCUAUCCUAGGGGGUUCACUUUUCAACAACUCCCAGAACUCUCAGGCAACGCCCCAGGCAUUGACAGCUAGUAUCGGCGAUGUCAACGCUUACGGCACCCCGUCUCUCUUUUCAGGUCUUGGAAAUGGAGAAGUGCAGAACCCCGGGCCCCUUGCAACACCCUUGUCUGGGAAGAAGAAGGAGCGCAAGGGCUCUAUUCUGCCCAUGUGGAAGCUGAAUCCUGGAUCUUCCACCAAGUUUGCGACCCCAGUCAAGCGGGGCUACGGCUUCUCUUAUAGUACUUACGGCUCUCCUGCCACACCUUCAAGUGCAGGCAGCACUCCGGGUGGGUUCGGACAGAGUCUACUCGGUGCAGGAAGCCUGAACCGAUCCUUGAGCAAGAGCGUUUCAUCGAGCAAUCUGCGCAAGAGUUUCAACGCCGAGGACAGCAUCCUCACGCCGGGCUCGUUCUCGUCCAGCAUGGGCACUCGCCCCUAUGGUAGUGCAGGCUUGAAAAAGCUGAACAUUGAUAAAUCAUUGCGUCUUGACUUGUUCUCGUCGCCUUCCAGAGACAGGCAGGCCCCAGAGGCACCCAGUGGUCCACGCAAACUCCCAAAGCGGGUCAGCUUCGAUACAAGCAUUGACGCAUCCGAAAAUGGCACGCUUGAUGGCACACCUGAGACUCCCACUGCCUCUGCCCAGGAUCUGGGCUUCAUCCGCCCAACCAAUGGAGGCACACUGACAGCCAGCGGUGGUUCGAAGAGCCCAGACGCACAGCCUGAGAUGGAACAAGUCAAGGGCAACGAACUCGCUGUUGUGCACGAGGAGCCUUCCUCUGCCUCUGCAACCAAGGAUGCCGCCUCCUCUCCGGGCAAAGGAGCCGGAGCCUACUGGUUAAGUCCUUUCAAAGAGGAAAUUCUGAAGAUGAACCGUGUGCAACGAUCUCAAGUGACCGACUUCACGGUUGGUCGAGAAAAUGUUGGCCAGGUACAAUUCAAGGCGCCUGUUGACCUCACCAACAUCGACUUAGAUGAGAUUCCAGGAAAUGUAGUUGUCCUGGAGACCCGAUCUUGCACUGUGUACCCGGUCGCCGCGAAGAAGCCUCCGGUUGGCAAGGGCUUGAAUGUGCCUUCUGAGAUAUCUCUGGAGCACUCUUGGCCGCGUGGCCGGGAUAAGCGGACGCCAAUUGCCGAGAAGUCUGGUCGCGCAUUCAACAAGCAUGUUGAGCGCCUCAAGAAGAUCCCUGACACAAAGUUCAUCGACUACAAUGCGGAUACUGGAGUGUGGACGUUCGAGGUCGAGCACUUCACCACCUACGGUCUCGACUACGAUGAGGAAGAUACAGAAGGUGACACUCUCGGCGAUAUCGCGCCGGAGGAGGCCGCCCUUCCUGCGCCGCCUAAGUCAACAUUUCAAGCUACCGAUGGGUAUCCUUCCGCUGAUCCUGAGGACACUUUUGAGUUCAGGCGGAAGCGACGUGCUCUACCCGGUGCCUUCGACUACACGGGGGCUGUUUCUGACGAUGAAGAAGAGAUGGCCGACGCCAAUGAGCAGUCUUUUUUAUCUAAUCGCUCCGCGGGCUCUCUGUCCAAAGCCUUAGAACACCAUGAGGAUGAACUAAUGGACGAAGAGCAUGCUCUACCCGAGGCACAAGAUACGAGCGCUUACCUAGGGUAUCAUCAAGCCGCGGAGCCGGAUUACGACUCGCCUUACCAUGGAUCGAUGGUUGAGUACCAGGAGACACCUGGUGGCAUCAUGAGGGCUAGAAUGCGUGCCAUCAAGGACUCGAACACGCCUUUCAAGCUUCAGGUCGCUGAUGGGGAUGACUGGAUGGACAUGCUCCAGAAAACCAUCGGGCCAGCAAAGCGAGAUCGCGCUGCGUUGAAGGCUAUUAAUGAGGAAGAAAGCUAUGAGGACCUGAAAGCCAGCACACGGCAGGAUGCUCCCCAAGCAAUGCCCAGAGCUGUGUCGGAUGGCCGUGGAUUUGCAACAAGCAUUGAGCUCAUGAACUCGCUGUUCGAGAAGCCUAAGGCGCCAGCGAGAGCUGCGCCGGCUCCCAUUCCAACCUCGGGAUUCAAGUGGCCAUACAAGAGACAAGACAAGACUGGUGAGGAGGACGAAGCCAACAUGGACCCUACCGACAAAGCCUUUCAUGACACCCUCCGCCCAAGCUGGGGUCCGGACGGGACCCUGGUCAUUUCAACCACCCCAAAGACAAUCUCCAGAUCCUCUAGGAGAGCCCUCGAGAAGGAUGGCAUCAUGGCUAUGGGUAGGCUCAACAUCGUCUCUGAACAUCGCGACAUUCGAUUUGCGAAAUUCUCCAACGAGACAUCACCAAAAGCACUUACCAAUCAGAUGGCUUUGACCCGUGUCAGCCUGGUCGACAAUGUUCCGACAGCAUCGCUAGGUCCAAUCAACACGUUGACUGCUUUCUUCCACGGACAGGACCUGCAGAACCCAGCCAACGCGCACGAGAAGAUGGUCUGGGAGCUUGCAAGUAUCCUUUUUGACCAAGUCACCGACGUCAACGGGGAUAGAGUUCCACCGUCUGGGCUGCGCCAGGCUCGCCGACGUAAUCUCUCCAAGUUCUGGCAAAACACGGUUGAAGAGGCGUCUAACAAAGCUGUCGGCAUGGCUCGGUCGCCUGAAGACAAGGCCAUCGCCUCCCUAGCCGGCCACCAGAUCCCAGACGCUUGCAAGCACCUGCUCGAUGGCAAGAAUUUCCGGUUGGCAACACUGGUUUCACUCAUUGGUACCAGCGACCAGCUCAUGCAGGACAUGCGGGAGCAGGUCAAGGAAUGGCGUGAGGUCAACGUGCUGUCCGAGUUCACCGAGCCCAUUCGUGCCAUUUACGAACUCCUUGGUGGCAACGUCUGUGCUGUUGAGGGAACGAAAGGAGCCAUGGAGAACCGAAUGGAGUCGUUCGUGCUUUCGCAGCGAUUUGGUUUGGACUGGAAGCAGGCGUUUGGGCUCCGUCUAUGGUACGCAAUCACCUCGGCGGAUGAUGUAGUGGAGGCGAUCCACUCCUUUGCAGAGGACAUUCAGCAAGACAAGGAGCCGAGGCCUCAGCCAUGGUUCGCUGAGCAAGGCAUCGCCGCGUUGUGGGAGGAUCCCGACAAGGAUCUGCGCGAGGACCUUCUAUGGGGACUGCUCAAGCUGUAUGCCGACAAGGAGAUUGAUCUCGCCGACAUUCUCCGACCCGAGAAUUCUCAACUCUCCCCUCUGGACAACCGCCUAUGCUGGCAGCUGGGCCAGGCUCUUAUCAGCACCGGCAAGGUCGCAUUCGGACGCGAUGCGGACGACAAGGCAGACGCUGCGACUCUGACGUUUGCGUGGCAACUGACCAACGAUGGCCACUGGCUCGAAGCUGUCUUCGUCCUGCUCCACCUGACCAACCCUAUGGCACGCGCCAAGGCGAUUCAGGAGCACCUCUCUCACCAUGCCCAGCUGAUAGGGAGCGAGCAGAGCGAGGACUUCACGACACUCACGCAGACCUUCAAGAUCCCGGCUGAAUGGGUCUGGCAAGCUAAGGCGUUGUACAUGCGCAGCGUCAAGGGCAACCCCAGGCAGGAGGUCGUGUACCUGCUACGAGCGGGCAGCUACGCCGAAGCGCACAAGACAUUUACCAAGCAGGUCGCGCCGGCGGCGAUCAUCGAGCGCGACUGGGAGGGCCUGGACGACCUGCUGACCGAGUUCGGCGGCGACCCAGGCAAGUUCGUGCCGGACUGGAACUUUGGCGGCAAGAUCUACCGCGACUUCAUCGAGCUCGUGCGCCACGUCGAGCACGGCUCGGUCGCCAGCGUCCCGCCGCGCGUGGUCGAGGGCCUCAUGGCGGGCCUGCCGGCGCUGCACGAGAGCGUCCAGGUCAGGCAGGACGCGGACGUGCUCGAGGUGGCGGCCGUGGCCGACAUGGCGAGCGAGGUGGCCAAGGUGGUUGUCGAGCUGGCUAAGAAGGGCGAGACUUCACUCACCCAGGUCCUUGGCCUGCCGCUCACAGAGGACGCGUACUUGAAGUACUCGAAUGAGCUGGCGUUUGCGUAUUACAGGGACGUCAUGGUUGGACGUAGUUGA